CCGGUCAUCUGAGCAUCGGGCUCAGUGAGGAGAGAGAGCUGAGAGGAGACACACGCUGCCGACGCUGCUGAUCGGCUCCCGGUGGGUUCAAACCAGGAUGUUCUUCUUCUCCUCCGGUAAACGCUCCGUUUAAUCCCAUUAAAUCCGAGCUGGGGACGUUCACAAGGCUCGUGGAUCCAGAUGAGCGUUGGGUCCCUCAGAGUUGGGUGGUGUUUACGUUAUUAAAACGGCGUUAACGUGAGUCUUUGUUCGGCUGCGGUGACAUCUGUCCUUCACACCUGCAGCAUGGACCGUUCAGAGAGGGAGAGCAGGUCCGACGACGACACCGAGUAUGAGGACGAGGAGGUGGACCCCAGAAUCCAGGGGGAGCUGGAGAAACUCAACGAGUCCACUGACGACAUCAACAGAUGUGAGACGGAGCUGGAGGAUGCGAGGCAGAAGUUCCGCUCGGUUCUGGUCGAGGCCACGGUGAAACUGGACGAACUGGUGAAGAAGAUCGGGAAAGCUGUGGACGAGUCCAAGCCGUACUGGGAGGCUCGCAGGCUGGCCAGACAGGCUCAGCUGGAGGCCCAGAAGGCCACGCAGGACUUCCAGAGAGCCACUGAGGUCCUGCGGGCGGCCAAGGAGACCAUCUCCUUAGCCGAGCAGAGACUCCUGGAGGAGGACAACCGGCAGUUUGACUCCGCCUGGCAGGAGAUGCUGAACCACGCCACCCAGCGGGUGAUGGAGGCGGAGCACACCAAGACGAGAAGCGAGCUGGUGCACAAAGAGACGGCGGCCAAAUACACGGCAGCGAUCAGUCGCAUGAAGCAGCUGGAGAAGAAACUCAAACGCACCAUCAACAAGUCCAAGCCCUACUUUGAGAUGAAGGCGAGGUACUAUCUGCAGCUGGAGAACCUGAAGAAGAACGUGGACGAGCGGCAGGCCAAACUGUCUCAGGCCAAAGGCGAGUACAAGACGGCGCUCAGGAACCUGGAGAUGAUCUCCGAUGAGAUCCACGAGCGACGGAGAAGCUCCGCCAUGGGCCCGCGGGGGCGUGGCGUGGGUCAGAGGGCGACAGUGUUUCAGGAGACACGUCUCCAGCUUCAAGAUGAGUCAGACGGGAUAUCCAUGGCGUCAGUAUGUUUCGAUGACGAGGCGUGUGGCGGCAGCAGCUUCAUGUCUGAGGAGGACUCGGAGACUCGCUCCACCUGCAGCGUGGGGUCGUCUCCCAGCAGCCCUCAGGAGCUCCUCUCCAGCUGCCCCUUCGCUAGCUCGUCCACAUCCUCCUGCACAUCCUCCUCCCCCUCUCCCUCACCCACUCCCUCCUCCCCCGCCCUCCCCUCCCGGCCCUGCAGUCUUGACCUCCCCAGCACCGUGUCGCUGUCUGACUUCGGACUCAUCUCUCCGGUGCUCGGGCCUCGCAGCGAGUGCAGCGGAGCGUCGUCUCCUGAGUGCGACCUGGAGAGAGGUGGGUGAAAAACAAGACCGGCCUUCUCAUUUUUUGAUCUUUUCACAGCUGUGUUAUGCGUUAUAUUUCAUCUUGUUCAAUGUUUUUAAGGUUUUUAUGAGUUUAGAAAAUACUCAUUCACUGAAGAGAAGGUGUAGGGGACUACAGAUAUGGUAUAGGGGACUGUAAAGAUGGUGUAGGGGACUGUAAAGAUGGUGUAGGGGACUACAGAGAUGGUAUAGGGGACUGUAAAGAUGGUGUAGGGGACUACAGAGAUGGUAUAGGGGACUGUAAAGAUGGUAUAGGGGACUGUAAAGAUGGUGUAGGGGACUACAGAGAUG